AUGGCAAUGUCACCAAGCAAACAAAGACCCAGAAGAAAUGCUCUCUCCAUCGACGUUUCAGCCACUGUUCCUCUCAACGCGACGGCCUAUAGACCUAGCCCCUCAGUUCCCAAUUUCAUGGUGGAUGGCAUACAAUCACACCCACAAUGGGGAUAUUCGACGGACCAUUCUCCAUACAGUUCUUCACCCAGCUGUCUCGCACCAAGCUGCCGCAAUGAAAUCGGCUGUCUACGACAGCAAAUUGAAAUAUUGUCCGAGAAGUUACGAUGGUCGGAGCUGCGCAACAAUGAACUGAAUCAGAGAUGCACAGAGCUGGACCAGGAAAACGCAGUACUCUACAGCAAAGAGACUGUAUAUCAGCAGGAAGAUAAGGUCACCAAUGGCCCUAUUUUCUUCCAAGCAGAAGUGGUUGAGAAGAAGGAUGGUCGCGAGAUGGAAGAUCACCCCAAUAAAGACGAAGAUGGCGUCAACACGGAGAAUAUAUCAAUCGUCGUAGAGUCUGAACUUGCAGCGCCUGCAACGAAAGAGAAAAUCAUAUCACAAAUCAAGGAUGCCGAUAUCUCAGACAUCAAAGCAAUUGCAGAUGAUAUAUCGAAGACCUGCAAAAGUUGGAAGGAUGAGUACGAGCAACUUUCGAAAACGCACGAGCUCAUUCGGAGCGAAAACCACCAACUUCGCAUUAUAGCUGAGAACUAUUGUGCUAUGCGGGCUAAAUUGUGGGAGGAGGCGAAACUGGGUUACUCUACCGUUGUUACUAGGUGGAAAUUUCACGAAGCUUGUUCUAGGGGCAACUUUGCUGUCGAUGGUGCAUUGUUCGUGACAGGUAUUGCAGGAGAGAAGGAACAGGAGGUCCUCCAGAUUGUUUACGGCGACUACGGCGUUCGACUCACAGGCGGAGACUUUGAGAAUUUGGAGAGGUUGAAGCAGUCUCCCUGGGAGCUGCGACGACUGAACGCUCGUGGAACUAUGGCAAGGUUUAGAACACGGAAUCGGGGUGGAGAUAGGGGAGCUAUCUGGCGGUUUGCGGGAGUUGACACAAGUUACGAUCUAGCGAAGGGUGAAGAGAUCUCAAACUCCAGCGUCGAUAGACACAUCAAAGAAGUCUGCAUGAACAACAUGGUGGUUGAGAUGGAGAACAUUGCGAAGAGUUUGUACUGGUAA